AUGUAUCCAGACAUCGCCAAUCUCCUCCCCCUCAUCUCCCACGCCCCAGCUCUCCGUCGCGUCACCACCGUCUUCGCAGGCAGAAAAGAAGGGAAAAGCCACACAGAUGAGGUCCAAGCAAAAAAUCUUUCCAUACCGACAGCACGAGGCCACGUGGUCUCCAUGAUGGCAUUGGGACUGGAGAAUCUUGCUAAAUCAGCAUCCACUGUUUCGUUCAUCCAAGAUUACCCGGGUUUUGUCAAGACGGGCCUGUCUCGCGAACUGAAUGCUCCCAUGCGGGUUGUUAUCAAGGUCAUGAUUUGGCCGUCUAUGACGUUGCUGCAUAUUUCUAUUGAUGAGGUUGGUGAGCGACACGUUUUUUUCCUACGAGUGCCAGGUUUUGUGGUGGGGGUGGGGAUAAUUCCGGUCUUGCUUUGAAGGGUGGAAUGGAGACUGGUGUGGGUACGGAUGGUACUGUUGGUGGUGGGGUUUAUUCUAUUGAUUAUGAGGGCGAAGGAACGGUUGAGGUGUGA